CACUGUCAGUGUCAUGUCAACGAUAAGACGGUGCUUGUUGUUGGUUAUAAAAAUAAAAUAAAUUUUUGAUUUCCUAAAAUAUUGUAGUAAUAAAUUUAUAUAGAAGCCAAGCAGCAACAACAGAAACUAUCAAUUAAAACUGACUUAAAUUUUUUUUAACUCUUGAAUAUGAAUAAUAAAAGUGAAACCUAUCGAAAAGCUUCAGAAUAUUGGGCCAGCAUCCCCGCAACUCUUGAUGGAGUUUUAGGGGGAUUUGGGUAUAUCUCGGACAUUGAUAUUGAUGGAUCAAAACUGUUUCUGAAGGCGCUUCAAUCAUUAUCUAACCCUCCCGAUACUCGCACGGCUCUCGACUGUGGAGCCGGUAUUGGAAGAAUAUCCAAGUUGUUACUACUUCCCAACUUUGACACGGUGGACGUCGUGGAACCUGACGAGAAGUUUAUAGAAAACUUGAAGAUUUAUGUUGGAGAUCUUACAACCAAACUUGGCAGUGUGUACAAGUGCUGUCUGCAAGAUUUUAAUCCUGAUAAAAAGUAUGAUGUCAUAUGGAAUCAAUGGGUCCUGGGACAUUUGAUUGAAUGUGACCUUGUUUCAUAUUUAAUAAGGUGCAAAAAUGCUCUAACUGAAAAUGGUAUAAUUGUAAUAAAGGAAAAUGUUGCAUCCUCGGGAAGAAUUGAGAAAGAUGACACAGAUUCAUCAGUCACAAGACCAUUGAAACAAUUCCUACAAAUCUUCAAAAAGGCAAAGUUAAAACGAAUUAAGCAAUGCAAGCAGACCAACUUCCCAGAGGGCAUAUACCCAGUGUACAUGUUUGCUCUGGUCCCGAUGGAGAAGGAAGUGAUACCUGCUGAUGGAGAAAUACAGAAAAUUGAAACAAUAAAUAGCUGAGCAAGGUGA